AUGUCAAUAUUGAGCUCAACUUUAUCAACUGUUAAUCAAUGUACAUUAGAAAAAGAUGUUAAUUCAAAAUCAACAUCAAAUGAACAAUUGAAACCGAAAGGAAUAUUAAAAAACGCAACAAGUUCUUCGUAUAACGGUUUAAUUAAUCAGUUAUGCAAUAAUCUUAAACAGUGUCUACGAUGGCAAUUUUAUCUUGAAACACGAUAUAAAAAAAAUAAUAAAGAAAAGAUUAAUGAUUCUGUACCGGUGAUUUAUGAUAAUACGAGUCUAACUAAAACAUCAAGUACUUCAACACUUGUUAAACGAGUUACAUUUAAGGAUAUGACACACGAUAUUAACUGUAAGCUAAGUAAAUCAACGUCUACUAUAACCAUAUAUUCACAUAAUCAAGAAAGAAAUUCUCAAAAUUUACAUUUAAUGAACACAACAGAAAAAAACUCUGACGAAGAGAAUUGUAUUCAUAAAGCACAAUUUCAUACUACAGAUUCGUCACAAUUUGAAAAACCCAAUUUUGUGGAAUCAAGCGAUGAUGAACAAAGCAAUUAUAAUUUUUAUUAA